AUGGAUGGGUUGCUGAUCGAUUCGGAGUCGGUCUACACGCGCUCGCUCUCUGAAGUUCUGAUCAAUAGAUUCAAUAUUUCGAGCGGACUCGACUGGGGAGUGAAAAUGAAACUUCAGGGCCUGCCGGGGCCCGAAGCGUCUCAGAAAGUGAUCGACGAGUACAAGCUAGAGGGAAUUACCAAAGAUGAGCUCUACGCGAUCACCUCUGCCAAACAGGAACAGUUGUGGCCAACUGUCCAGUUCCUACCGGGAGUUCUAGAUCUGAUCAAGAAGCUCAAAGCCAAGGGUAUCCCGAUCAUUGUCUGCACUUCUUCGCACAAGGACAAGUUCGACUUGAAGACUAGCCAUUUACAGGAAGGUUUCGAGCUGUUUGAGCUGGUUAUCACCGGUGAUAAUCCAGUGAUUGUUGGUAAAGGUAAGCCGUUGCCGUUCAUCUGGUGGCUAGGACUGUCUGAUCUGAACGAGAAACUGCGCAGAGAAGGCCGUAUCCAAGAAGACAUCAAGAUCGAGGAGGUGUUGAUCUUUGAAGACGCGGUUCCUGGCCUUCUCUCUGGAAAGCGUGCUGGCGGUCACGUGAUCUGGGUUCCAGAUCCACAUGUCUUGGAGAUUGUGGACUCCAACGAGCUGUUGGAGAACGGGGCCAAGGGAGAGCUGCUUAGAACCUUAGAGGAUUUCGAUUACGCCAAGUACGGCCUGGAUGCAGACGACUCUUUCCAGCUUGGACUUAUUGAUGUUCUCGAUGGCCUUUCCACUCAAAAUUCCGUGCGUGACAAUGGCAAUGACCUCUUUGGCGCCGUUCUCGAGCAGCACCUCGGCGGCCUUGGCCAGAGUACCACAGGUGUCUGCCAUAUCGUCGACAAUGAUACAUGUUUUUCCAGUAACGUCUCCAACGAGAACCAUACGGCUCACCUCGUUGGCUCUCGCACGCUCUUUAUGGAUCAGCGCAAAGUUGAGGUCCAAACGGUCGGCCAGUCCAGCAGCACGCUUGGCUCCACCGGCGUCGGGAGAAAUAAUAAUGGCGUUCUUCACGUCCAGCUUUUCACGAAUAUAACGAACCACAGAUGGCUCAGCAUACAAGUUAUCCACGGGCACAUCAAAGAACCCUUGAAUCUGCGAGGCGUGCAGGUCCAUCGUGAUCACGUGGUCGCACCCGGAACUGGUGAGCAUAUCGGCCAUCAGUUUGGCCGUAAUAGGCGCACGGCUCUUGUCCUUUCUGUCUUGUCUGGCGUAAGGGAAGUUUGGCAACACAGCGGUGAUUCUUCUAGCAGACGCCGUCUUACAUGCGUUGAUCAUGAUCAACAGCUCCAAGACCUUGUCGUUGACGAUGCCAGACCCUAUUUGCAUUAUGAUGUAGAUAUCCUCAUCUCUAAUCGACUCACCGAUAGAGAACGACACUUCUUUAUUGGAAUCACGUUUUAUAUCCACCGGAGUGAGAGCAAGACCGAGGCUAAAGAUUAG